AGCCCUAAACCGCCAUUUAAUCGAUUCCUUGCAACAUUUCAAGAUCGGAUAGUGUUUCUUCCUCACUGAGAAAAAAAAAAUGGAGGGCAAUGGAUACUGCGUGGACGAGAAAGCAGUACACGUCGAGAAGGUCUUCUUCGACUUCCUCAAAACCUUCCGCGACCCCGGCGGCGGCGGCGAGGCCUACUACGAGGCGGAGGUGGAGGCGAUGCGGACCAACGACUCCAACACCAUGUACAUCGACUUCUCGCACGUGAUGCGCUUCAACGACGUGCUCCAGCGGGCCGUCUCCGACGAAUUCCUCCGCUUCGAGCCCUACCUCAAGAGCGCCUGCAAGCGUUUCAUCAUGGAGCUCUGCCCUGCCUUCAUCGCCGACGACAAUCCCAACAAGGACAUCAACGUCGCCUUCUACAACCUCCCCUUGGUGAAGAAGCUCAGGGAAUUGGCCACCGCCGAGAUCGGCAAGCUCGUCGCCGUCAGCGGCGUCGUCACCCGCACCAGCGAGGUCCGGCCUGAGCUCCUCCAGGGCACCUUUAAGUGCUUGGAAUGCGGAAGCGUUAUUAAAAACGUCGAGCAACAGUUCAAGUAUACCGAGCCAAUUAUAUGCAUGAAUGCAACAUGUCAAAAUCGGACAAACUGGGCUUUGCUGAGGCAAGAGAGCAAGUUUACGGACUGGCAGAGAGUCCGAAUGCAGGAGUGUUCUAAGGAAAUACCUGCGGGUUCUCUUCCAAGGUCGCUUGAUGUCAUCCUUCGCCAUGACAUUGUUGAACAGGCCAGGGCAGGAGACACGGUUGUUUUCACUGGCUCUGUGGUUGUUCUGCCUGAUAUUUUAGCAUUAGCAUCUCCAGGAGAGAGAGCAGAGUGCCGGAGAGAAUCUUCCAGCCAGGCCAGGGCUGGCCAAGAAGGUGUCAAGGGGCUUCGUGCUUUGGGCGUGAGAGAUCUAUCCUAUCGACUUGGCUUCAUUGCCAACUCUGUACAGAUCUCUGAUGGCAGAAGGGAUACUGAUAUCAGAAAAAAGAAAGAUGCUAAUGAAGAUGUUAGUCAGCAGUUCACAGCAGAAGAGUUAGAUGACAUACAACGAAUGAGGAAUACUCCUGACUUCUUCAACAAGCUAGUUGAUAGCAUUGCACCAACAAUUUUUGGUCACCAAGAUAUAAAGCGGGCAAUUCUGCUAAUGCUUAUGUGUGGUGUCCAUAAAGUUACACAUGAAGGCAUCAACUUAAGGGGAGACAUCAAUGUCUGCAUUGUGGGUGAUCCCAGCUGUGCAAAGUCCCAAUUCCUCAAGUACACAGCAGGCCUAGUUCCAAGAUCUGUUUAUACAUCUGGGAAAUCUUCUUCUGCAGCAGGGCUUACUGCUACUGUGGCCAAAGAGCCAGAGACGGGUGAAUUCUGCAUUGAGGCUGGUGCACUGAUGCUUGCUGAUAAUGGCAUCUGCUGUAUUGACGAGUUUGAUAAGAUGGAUACAAGAGAUCAGGUCGCCAUUCAUGAAGCUAUGGAACAACAAACCAUAAGCAUAACUAAAGCUGGAAUACAAGCAACAUUAAAUGCAAGAACAUCAAUCUUAGCUGCUGCAAAUCCCACAGGUGGACGUUAUGAUAAGACUAAACCCUUGAAGUAUAAUGUGGCACUUCCUCCAGCCAUUCUUUCAAGGUUUGAUCUCGUGUAUGUGAUGAUUGAUGAUCCAGACGAUCAGACUGAUUACCAUAUUGCUCACCAUAUUGUGAGAGUCCAUCAAAAGCGUGAAGAUGCACUUUCUCCAGCAUUUACUACCACACAAUUAAAGCACUACAUCUCAUAUGCAAAGACUCUGAAACCAAAGCUGACCCCUGAAGCUAGACAAUUGUUGGUGGAAUCUUAUGUUGCCCUUCGCAGAGGGGACACUACUCCCGGUAGUAGAGUUGCUUAUCGCAUGACAGUGAGACAACUGGAGGCUCUGAUCAGGCUCUCAGAAGCAAUUGCAAGGUCUCACUUAGAUAACCAGGUUCAAACUCGCCAUGUGCGUCUUGCUGUGAGAUUACUCAAGACAUCAAUAAUCAGUGUGGAGUCAAGUGAGCUCGACCUUUCUGAGUUUCAGGAAGAGGAAAAUGAUGGUCAUGAUGGCGACGAUGGUAGUGGUGGCAACGAAGAUAAUGCUCCUGGUCAAGAAAAUGCAGCUGAAGCAGCAGCAGAAAACCAGAAAGGAAAGAAACUAGUAAUAACUGAUGAAUACUUUCAGAGGGUUACUCGAGCACUUAUCAUGCGACUUCGACAACAUGACGAUACUCUCACGCGCGAAGGAUCUGGGCUAGCCGGAUUGAGACAGAGGGAGUUGAUACAGUGGUAUAUUAGUCAGCAAAACGAGAAAAACAAUUAUACCACUAUGGACGAGGCUGCAGCUGAAAUAAAAAAAGUGAAGGCCAUUAUAGAGAGCUUGAUACGGAGGGAAGGAUUUCUAAUAGUUGUGGGAGAUGGAAGAGAAGAAGGAGCAGACGGUGAGAGCAACAAGCCUUCAAGAGAUGACAGAAUUUUAGUAGUGGCUCCAAAUUAUGUAGUAGAUUGAUUAGUUUGCAUUUGACAAGGGAGCUUGGUAACUACUACAAGUAAUGCCGAGAUACACGGUGAAAAUGCUUUAUUAUUUGCUUAGUAGAGUAGAUCGAUUCGAGAAGAAUUUCCUGGAUAAAAAGUGAUGUACUGAUAUGAAACUUUUUACAUAUGAAAACUUAAUAUUACAA